AUGGGUCCGCGGAACUGGCCAAUUGUUGGAAUGUUGCCUAUGAUUUUACUACACUUCCACUGCAUGCAUGAGAAGUAUACCAAAAUUUUGGAACUGAGCAAGGGCACCAUUCUAAUCAAAGGUGCUUGGUUUGCUAACAUAGACAUGUUGACCACAAGCAAUCCUGACAAUGUGCACCACGUCUUGAGCACAAACUUUUCCAACUAUCCCAAAGGGCCAAAGUUCAGGAGGAUAUUUAAUAUUCUUGGAAAUGGGCUUUUCAAUUCUGAUUUUGACGAGUGGAGGAAGAUACGAGGACUUGCUCAAGGCUUUGUCAACCACAAGCAGUUCCACAGGUUCAUGGCUAAAAUCAACCAUGAUUUUCUAGAGAAUAAACUGGUUCCAGUCCUCGAUAACGCAUCCCAACAAAACCUAGUGGUGGACUUACAAGAUGUAUUCCAGAGGCUUAUGCUUGAUGCUACUUGCAUAACGGCUACUAGCUACAACCCCAAUUCCCUCUGCAUUGGAUUCCCAGAAGUCCCAUUCUUAAAGGCUCUGGACAAUGCAGGUGAAGCAAUAUUCUUCCGGCAUCUUGUGCCAGAAGGCUUUCUCAAGUCACAAAGGUGGCUGGGCAUUGGGAAGGAGAAGAAACUAAGCAAAGCUUGUGAAGUUCUAGAUCAUAUUGUAGCAAAGUAUAUAUCAAUGAGGCAAGAAGAACUGGGAAAAGGGAAGAGACCUGAGGAAAAUAAAGACUCUUUUGAUGCCUUAAAGUAUCAGCUGACUGAAACCGAGAUCUUUGGGACAACACCUACCAAUAAGUAUAUGAGAGAUGCCAUCUUAGGUCUCAUAUUCGCCGGGCAAGACAGCACUAGUGCAGCUCUCACAUGGCUUUUCUGGCUGCUUUCAAAGAAUCCUUCAGUUGAAACCAAUAUUAAAGAAGAACUCAAAUCAAAGUUGCCAGUGAACAAAGCCAAUAAAUUGCAUAUAUUCACGGAAGAAGAGCUAAAUAAGCUGGUUUAUCUCCAUGGAGCUUUAUAUGAAACACUAAGGCUAUUCCCACCAGCUCCUCUCCAGGUCAGAACCUGUAUCCACCCAGAUACCCUUCCAAGCGGUCACAAGGUUAAUUCCAAGAUGAAGAUCGUAUUUUCUGCAUAUGCAAUGGGAAGAAUGACAUCAGUCUGGGGAAAUGAUUGUCUUGAAUUCAAGCCUGAAAGAUGGAUCACAGAGAAAGGAGGGAUCAAACAUGUACCAUCACACAAGUUCUUAGCUUUCAGUGUAGGACCAAGGAUUUGUCUAGGAAAGGAGUCUGCUAUUACUCGAAAAAAAUCUGUUGCAGCUGUUAUCCUCCAUAAUUACCAUGUCCAAGUAAUGGAAGGCCAAUUUGUGACCCCUAAGGCUUCUAUUGUUCUUCACAUGAAAAAUGGUCUAAGGGUUAGGAAUAAAAACACAUGGCCUUGA